CUCUGAGCUCUGGCUGCAGGGGUUUGAUUAUCUAAGAUCAUCUCUGUCUCUGGGGACUUUUCUGCUGGCUCCCAACCAGCAGGAUCCGUUCUGGUUGGGCUCAGGGCAGUUGGCUGCUCCUCCCCGCCCACCUGCAGCUUGUUACUUAAGGCUGCACUUAAAGCAGCUGUUGAUCCGGUCUGGGGCUCCGCCUGCUCCUAGUUCUAUAACCAGCCUUCUGAGACAGGAGGGCACUGGCUGACAGCAGUUGGCAGAGGCUGGUGGAGGUGCAGUCCCUGCUGCUGGAGUGAUGCCCACCUUCCAGUUCUUGCCCUUCUUGGCGCUGCUGGGCACCCUGGGGUUCCUGUGUGUGGUGUUCACAGGGUUCUGGUCCCAGCACUGGCGCGGAGGCUUUGCCUGGGAUGGCUCCACCAAGAUGUUUAACUGGCACCCGGUCUUCAUGGUGACGGGCAUGCUGGUGCUGUAUGGGGGAGCGGUGCUGGUGUACCGGGUGCCCAGCUCCUGGGUGGGCCCCAAGCUCCCGUGGAAGCUGCUGCAUGCGGCGCUGACCCUGGCAGCCUUUUUCCUGGUCGUGCUGGGUCUCGUCGCAGUCUUCGGGUUCCACAAUGCCCAGAAAAUCCCCAACAUGUACUCGCUGCACAGCUGGUUGGGGCUGGCAGCUGUGCUGCUCUUCUCUUGCCAGUGGCUCAUGGGAUUCGCUACUUUCCUGUUACCCUGGUCCCCUGCCUGGCUGCGGAUUAUCUACAAGCCCAUUCACAUCUUCUUCGGCUCCAUCAUCCUCGCGCUGGCCAUGGCAGCAUCCAUCUCCGGCAUUAACGAGAAGCUCUUCUUCAGCCUGACGAACAAGACGGUUCCCUACGCCAAACUCCCCCCUGAGGCCUGGUUUGCCAAUUCUCUGGGGAUGCUGAUCUUGGCCUUUGGGUUGCUGGUGCUGUGGGCUCUCGCCAUGCCGGCCUGGAAGCGCCCAGAGUCAGAGUCACUGGAGGCCCGACAGCCCCUGCUCCAUUAGGACAAGUGAAGCAGCCGCCUGGAGGAGCCGCUGCCCAGACUCUCUGGUGAGAAGGGCAGCUCAGUGCUCCUGCUGUUGGCGCUGAGCCGUCUCUGGAGUCUGGCCAGCACGGAGACAAGGGGUGGAGGUGCUCUCUGUGCUCCCUUACCACCCGGCUGCUCUACCGGAUCCCUGGCUCUUGCCACUCCCCUGCCUUCUGCUGUGGGUUCCUGCACAUGCUGCUGCUUUCUGGGAUUCACCAGGCAGCCUUGGCCCCUCUUGCCAUUGUGCUGCUGUGCCUUAGGGGCCCUGGCUGAUGCUACGGCCUAGAUCAAGUGGCCCGAACUAAAAUAAAAGCCUGCUUUGGGGUGCUUGCCCUGGCGUUGGCUCUGCUGGAGGUGGGGGCCAGAGCCUGUGCUGGCCACUCAGCUGUAGCAGCGUGCAUGUGCCCGGGGCAUCAACGUGCCAAGCUCCAGCCAGCUUCCCUUUCCCACUGCCUGCCUAGAUCUGCCACCCGCUUCUGUUCUCUGGUGCUGUCCCCUGCAACCCUGGGAGACUCUGCUAGGGCUCAGAGCAUUUGCUCUCCAUGGGGUUUGCUUCCAGCCCCGGUCAUACUCCCUUCUCCCAGCUCUUUGAGUGGAGGAAGCAGUUACAUUUCCUCCUGCCAGGAGAGGGCUGCAGAGCAGGAAGCUGUUGUCCAUGCUUCGCUGUGAUGUGCAGGUGGGCCAGGGAGUCCUGCUGCAGUGCCCCCAACUGCCCUGGGGAUGCUAAGGUGGGAGGAGCUGUCCAGGGCCAUGCUGUUCACUCCUCUGCCCAGGAUCCACAGAUAAACUCUGUGUACUGAGCUUCUCUGACUAGUAGAACAGCUCAGGCUCAGAAUCCACUCACCUGCAGCUCUCUGUUUGGAUCUAGGCUGUAUUGCCGACUCUGGGGCUGUAUCA